CCGCCGCUGCGGUCCGCUGGCGUGCUGGCCCCGUGCUUCCAGCUUGUCGGCUCGCCGGCCGCCUGGUUCUGCUGUGGCCAAGUCCGGAGGCCCGCGCGCUGCAUACAACAUGUCGAUGCUGGCCGAGCGUCGGCGGAAGCAGAAGUGGGCUGUGGACCCAAGAAACACUGCGUGGAGUAAUGAUGAUUCCAAGUUUGGCCAGAGGAUGCUGGAGAAGAUGGGGUGGUCUAAAGGAAAGGGUUUGGGGGCUCAGGAGCAAGGAGCCACAGAUCAUAUUAAAGUUCAAGUUAAAAAUAACCACCUGGGACUUGGAGCUACCAUCAAUAAUGAAGACAACUGGAUUGCUCAUCAGGAUGAUUUUAACCAGCUUCUGGCUGAACUGAACACUUGCCACGGGCAGGAAACAGCAGACUCUUCAGACAACAAGGAAAAGAAAUCUUUUCACCUUGAGGAAAAGUCUAAAAUCUCUAAAAACCGGGUCCAUUACAUGAAAUUCACGAAAGGGAAGGAUCUGUCCUCUCGGAGCAGCACGGAUCUUGACUGCAUUUUUGGGAAAAGGCAGAGCAAGAAGACUGCUGAGCAGGACGGUCGCAGCCCCUGCACUCCAGAUGGGAGCGAGGCCUCCAUGACCACAACCAGCGCCGUCACCAUCCAGGAGUACUUUGCCCAGCGAAUGGCCCAGCUCCAGAGCAGGCCGCGGCUCCCAGCUUCCCAGCCCAGCCUUCCAGAGACCCGGGUGGAAUGGAAAAGCGGGAAGAAGAAAGAGAAAGAGGUGGCAGACAACCCUGAGGAAGGGUCCCACCCCAAGGCCAAGCGGUCUAAAAAGGGGAAGUCUGAGGAAGAGAGCCAGGGAUGUGUGGCCAAGAAGAGAGUGCCCGUGGAGGGGCAGCCCAGAGGGCCCUGUGGGGACGAGUGUUCUAAGGUCCCUGCCGAGGCCGCAGAGGGCUGCGUGCAGCCUCCUGAUGACCAGGGUGGUGCCCCAAAACCCCGAAAGAGGAGAGCAAAGGACAGGCCGCAGAAACCAGCAGAGGUGGCUUUGGAUGCCACACUGGACAACGAAGCACCCGUGGCAAGAAGAAGGCAGAAGAAGAAGAAGAGGAGGAAGGAGGAGGAGAAGGUGGCUUCCAGGUGAGCUCUCGCCAGCAGGGCCCUUCCGGCCACUCCGCUGUCACACUGCCGGGCAGACUGGCCUGCAGUCAGAGCAGCGAGCACCGCAGCUCGGGCACAUCUUUAACAUGCCUGUGGACUGCCGCGUCUCGCCCUCUCGCCACAUUUCCCCAAGUCAUCGUCCCUCCCGGGAGAGCUGUUUAAUGAUCCAGAUCAUGGCUCUUUACAUCAACAAAUAAAUGUCUUUUUAAACUCUGA